CCACCCCCCUAUUUACCAUUUUUUUCUUGGAAUAGCCCUCAUGUAAUUUAAGAAACUUUUUUUUCAGAUGAAUUUAUAAAUAAUACUGCACUAUGUAUUAAAUAGUAAAAAUGGAAGAGGAUACAUUAGAUCAGAGAUUUAGAAGAAGGAGAUCUGGACGAAGAUCAUCAUCUAUCUUGAAGACCAAGACUCCUCUCUUAGAUAUAGAUACCAAUCAAGCUGUGACAGAGGUAAUACCAAGAAAAAAAGCAAGAAUAUCAUCAUCAAGAAGAGUAAGCUUUGCUGAAACUUACCAAGUUAAAGAAUUUCCAAGAGACUCUCCCCAUAGAUGGAUGCCUGACCCUGAAUCGGAAGAUGAUUCUAGUCCAGAACUUGAGAGACUGCCUGAUGUUCCACAGCAUACCAGCAGAGGUGAAAUUCAAGGUUUAGAUAAGUUGUUGACAGGACCAAUACAGACCAACUCUCCCUCAGAAGAACAAAUUGAAUCAGAACUGCCAUUACCAGAUGAGAAUGUUCCAUACAUACAGAGUGGUCCAAACCAUACAAUAUUGCAAACUGAUGAUAUGGACAUGACAGACUGUUUUGAGAAGUCAAAUGUAGAAAAACCUAUUGUGGAUGACUUUGGUGACAACUAUGGUGCAUCUUUUUGCAUUGAUAAAUUUGAUGGAAAAUCAUUUCUUCCAAGCAUAGGAAAACCAGUUUUGGAAAAUAUUUCAGAGAAGCUAUUUUUACCAGACAAGAAGUUUUCCAAUUCUGACAGCAACAACAUGUAUAAAGUGGAACAAGAAUCCGAUUUCCAUACAUUGAUAAAUACCUCAAUAAACAAGUACUCAGUGUUAGGUACAAGUGUGACAACAACAGCAGGAGCCUCUGUAACAUUCACCACAAAUGUAACAUCACGUAAACCUCUCACCAGUAUCAGCGACAGAUCCGCAUUUAAACCUAUAACAACAGAAUCAUAUAAUCCACUUGAUGGUGGGGAGAGACCAGUUUCAAAAGUGGAUGGAUUAUCUUUCUUAAAACAGUUGACCUUCAAAGCAUCCGAGUCACAAGCUGAUAAAUACGAAGAAAGGACAAUUGUGUUUGAUGGAAAUGAUAUGGAAGAGACCGAAGUUCUCACAAAAUGUAUUCAAAAUAGUGAGAAAGAAUCAUUGAUUCUAGAAUCUGUUAAAGUACCUAGUUUCUUGAAAUCAAAGAAGAUAUCAGAAAGAAGCAGCAAUAAUAUGUUUUUUGGGCGGGGUACUGAGAUGGACAACCAUACAGUGUUUUUUGGGGAGGAUAACAAUAUGGAGGACACUGAGGUUAUUGGAAGCCAAAUCAAUUUUGGUGCACUGCCUAAUCAGAAAUCACAAAAUACAUUUCUCUUGAAUAAUGGAAUGGAAUUAAAAAUCCCAACGACAGUACAAAUCAGAGCGUCUGCUAAUAAAAUGAAGGGGAAUGAAAACACUGUGGGAGAGAAUGCGACAGAAAAGACCCAGAUAUUUGACAAGGGACUUGACAUGGAACAGACUGAAAUGUUAACAGGAAAACUGAAUUAUGUGGAAGGUAUCAGGACCUUUGACAUGGCCAAAACUAACUUGUCUGAUGACAUGGAAGAAACUGGUCUCCUAACUAGUAAAAUUGAUCUCCUACAGUCAAGUACUCUUCUUGAGAAAAAUAAAACUGUAUUGUAUAAGAAUAAUGAUAUGGAAGAAACUAAUGUACUAAGUGGUGUCAAUCCUGCUGGAUGUCGAAAGUCAUUUGGUCUUGAUAAAAAGAACAAAACGUGUUUAUUCGCAGAUGGCAAUGAUAUGGAACAGACAACUGUAUUUACAAACAAAAUAGAACUUCCUAUUCUGGGUAAACAAGAAGACACAAAGAUAUCUGAUAAUAGUAUGGAAGAAACAAAUGUACUUACACAAAAAAUUGAAUUGCCUAAACAGGCAAAAAAUAUAGAUAUAUCAAACGUUGACAACAAAACAUUAUUGUACCAAGAAAGUAAUGAUAUGGAAGAGACUCGAACAGUCACUGGCAAAAUUGAUAUUAUCACCAAUUCAGAUAAAGAGCAAGAAAGAGAGAAUAGAACGAAACUAUUCAGUGAAACAAACUAUAUGGAAGAAACAUGCACAGUCACAUCAAAGUUAGGAGGGCUUUCAUAUGUUAAAGAAAAUAAAACUACAAUCUUUACAGAAGACAAUGGAAUGGAAGAAACUUGUGCCCUCACAUCUAAAGUUGAAUAUCUGUCUUGUGUUAAAAAAACAUCGCUUACAACCGGAAAUAGCAUAUUGGUUCAAACUGAUGGAACAGCGGUAAAUAAAAAUCAUAAAUUGCCCAUCGAUGUGAACAAUACUAUAGUAUUUAAUGAAGGAAAUCAGAUGGAGCAAACAAGACCAAUAAAUACCAAAAUCAAACUAGACUCCAAAGGGGGGAGCCAGAGUUGUAAAUCAAUGCAUUUCAGUGAUGGAAAUGAAAUGGAAGAAAAGGAAAAAAUGAAGGUUUACUCUGAUACUCAGAAAAAUAAAACAGUGAUUUUUCCUGAUGAUAAUGAAAUGGAGCAAACUCAAGCAUUGACAGGAAAAUUAGAGAUUGGUUCUCAUCUUUCAAAGGAUAAAACAUUGCUGUUCAAAGAUAAUAAUGAAAUGGAACAAACUCAAGCAUUGACAGGAACAUUAGUGAUUGGUUCUCAUUUUUUGAAGGAUAAAACAUUGCUGUUCAAGGAUAAUAAUGAAAUGGAACAAACUCAAGCAUUGACAGGAAAAUUAGAGAUUGGUUCUCUUCUUUCAAAGGAUAAAACAUUGCUGUUCAAGGAUAAUGAUGAAAUGGAACAAACUCAAGCAUUGACAGGAAAAUUAGAGAUUGUUUGCAAUAUGCAAAAGAACAAAACACCAGUCUCCAAAGAUGAUAAUGAAUUAGAACAAACUGAAAAGUUGACAGAGAUUUUACAAUUUGACCCUAAUACAAAUAAAACUGGGAAUCCUACUGAAGAUAACGAAGUGGAACAAACAACAGCAUUAACUGGCAAUUAUGAGUUUGGUCUUAAUGGUUCUCCAGAUAAAGAAGAUGAAGAAACUGAUCAGCCAGAUGCAAUGAAAAGCUUGUUGGAAGCAGAUUCUUAUACAACCAAAAACAAGACAGAGCAGUUCAAAGAUGGGGAAGCUAUGGAACAUACAAAAACAAGAGCAGGGAGGUUAGAAUCUGACACUCGUCAUAUGCACAGUUCAUGCGAUUACAGUGGCCAGUUAACAGAAAAUGACAUUGUUAAAAAUAAAUAUCGACAAGACAUAGAAGAAAUGAGUCAAAAUCAUUCACCUGGUUUGAAUAUGUUAGAGACUGAAGUAGAAAUGACCAGUCAGAUUGAAAACAAAGAAAAUGUUGGAAAAAAUAAGAUAAAAGGAGGAAUUUCAAGUUUGAUUGAAAAAAUUAGAAAGGAUAUGAAUAGUGAUAAAGAUAAAAAUUCAGAAAACCCUGAAAAUAGAAGAGAAAGUGCCAGUCCUGAUAUAACUGAUGGUUUCUUCUUUAAGUAUAAAGCACAAUUAGAGAGCGUAAAAAAAAAUGCAGAGAAUGUUAACAAUGACUUUAAUGUAGGCAAUCAAAAUUUAUCAGAAAUGGUAGAAAGAAUAGAUAAAAAUGCGUGUAAAAGUUUACAUACACGAACUCCUAAUGGGAAAAUGUUUGGGACAUCCAGAGACUAUUCUUCUGAGGUGAGACCCCCUGUCAGAGGAAGUACUGUUAAGAUAUCAGAACGUGUUAUACAAACAGAACAUAAACCAGCUCCUGAAACAGGUCAGCAUCAACCAAUGCAUUGUUCAAAGGAGUUGUUUUCUAAUAAUGAUCCAGAUUUUGAUAGUACAGAAUUGAUGAAAAAUUCUUCACUGCCAAUCUUAGAAUCCAGCACCAACAUCACAAUUAGGGAAAGAUCAAAAAGUGACGGGAGAUCUGAUGAUCCAUUGGAGUUACCAAGUGGAAUAACAGAUAUAUACAUGCCAGCAGAACUGUUGACCAGUACUACAAUAUCCAGUGUCCCACCAGAAAAUACAACUAACUACCAGCUGAACCUUACCCCCAGCAGUGCUGCUAUCAUGGAGUCUGAUAGUAGCCACUCUAACCUCACAUGUAGUAGUGGUUCUAGAUCAGUCAUGGAGAUAAAUAUGGAGGAUUAUCUCAAACAAUCUAUGAUGAACGACAGUGAUGAUGGUUCCAUGACAGUUGAACAUUUUUGUAAGAGGAUCAAUAUGCUAGUCCCAUUAUGGUUGAAAGAAAGAAUUCAGAUGGCAAGACAAAGUAUUGCAACAUUAAAAAAAGUGGAUAAAGACAGCAUCAGAGGUCAGAUUGAGGCAAAAUAUGUCCAUGAACCAUACAUCAGUAUAUACAAUACAGUCAUAGAACAAGCCAAGGAGAAAUUGUCUUUGUUAAAACCACAGACAAAAGAACUACAUGACACAAUUAAGGAGGAGCAGCCAGCAGUGUUUGAUGUGGCUGUGAAGGGAUCAGAAGAACAGAAAUAUGAAAUGAAAGAAAAAGUAUUUAUUAUGAGAAAAUAUUGUUCAAAACAAGUAGAUAAAGAGUGGAAAGAUAUGAAAUUGCAUUGCCAUGGACAGUUUUAUGACAUAAUAAAGGAAAAACGUGAAAAAUUGAGCAAAGAAGUAAAUGAAGUGGUUCAAGCUAGUGAUACUAUACAACGAGAGCUAUCAGAGUUGUCAAAUGCUUCAAAUCAAUUAGAUAAAUUGAUCCUAGAAUUAGAGCAGAAACCUAUACCAGAACCAGAAGACAUAGAAUAUUUAAAUUCAUUAGAUCAAGAAGUUAAACAAAAAGAGCAAGAGAUAGAAGGAAUAAAGGAAACUCAAGUGGAUCUAGACAGAGAAAAGCUUAGCCUAAAGACAGAAAAAACAAAACUACAAAAAGAAGAACAAAAUAUUUACAAUGAGGAUGAGACAGAUGAUAACGUAAUGGUACAACUGGAAAUUCAAGAAUUGGAGGAAAAACUUGAUACCCUUGAAAGUUUGACAGAAUGGCAUAUUGAAAAUUAUGAAGAUGACUUCAUAACCUUUUUAUUUUAUGAUGAUACCUUGCGACUGUCAAUCAAUAAACAAAGAGAACCAGAUAAUGGACAAACAAAAAUUGCUUCAGCCCAUGUGCAGUCAUUAUUAGAAGAUUCUGCCAGUCCCUGUAUGAAGUUGAUACAUGUUAUGAUAUUACAACAAAUAAAUAAUGGAGAUUCUUUACACCACACCUUCAGCUAUAUAUCUGACCUACCAGAGUUGUUGCAGAAGUUGUCACAGAUUGUUUUGAAUGCUAGGUGCCUUAAACGACAAAUAAUUUCUCUUUGUUUGAAGUAUAUAGUGACAGUUUAUAAGGACUUUGUUGUGGUUGAGAAGUGGUCACUUAAAACCUUAAGAAAAGUUAACAUUAAAUUAACAUUUAAUGUGGAGGAUGCUUGCUGUAACAUAUUGCCUGAAGUUACUGUAAAAAUGGGUAGAAUAAGAGCAGAAGAUGUACAGGACCAGAUAAGUAGUGUUUCUAGAGGACAAAAUUAUCUUGUUAAACUUUGUGACUCUGUAGAUCUUGAUGUAUUAUCAGAUAGUAGCAAGUUUUCAUGACAGCAGCCAAAUUAAGAUACCCUGAAUGUGCAAUUUUAAUGGCAGCUAUUUUUGACUGGAAAAUAUAAAUUACCAAAUAGAAAACUGAGAAGACUUAACUGUUCCAAUUUGUGGAUCAAAUCUAAUGUAUACAUGUAUUUGGUCUUAAAUUAGAAUUUGUAGUAUAUUUUGUAUAAAUAUGAAUUUAUUGUUUAUGAUAGUUUUUUUGUAUAUGGAACAAGAUAUUGAGUGCAAAUUUUUAAGUACAUUAUUCCAUACUAAUCUAUUCAAAAAUUUUGAGCACGUUAUUCCGUUCUUAUGGUAUUAACAUAUUUUGAGUACAUUAUUCUAUACUUAAUAAAUUAAAACGUUUUGAGUACAUUAUUCCAUACUUAAUGAAUUAACAUGUUUUGAGUACAUUAUUCCAUACUUAAUGAAUUAACAUGUUUUGAGUACAUUAUUCCAUACUUAAAAUGAAUUAACAUGUUUUGAGUACAUUAUUCUUUACUUAAUGAAUUAACAUGUUUUGAGUACAUUAUUCCAUACUUAAAAUGAAUUAACAUGUUUUGAGUACAUUAUUCCAUACUUAACGAAUUAACAUGUUUUGAGUACAUUAUUCCAUACUUAAUAUAUUAAAAUGUGUUCAGUACAUUAUUCCAUACUUAAUCUAUUAAAUGUGUUGACUGCUUUCCAUAACGUAUUAAAAUGGUUUGAGUACACUAUCCAUACUUAAUGUAUUAAAAUGUUUUGAGAUCACUUUUCCAUACUUAAUCUAUUAUAACGUUUUUAAUGAAAAAAAUUGUUUUGAAUACAUUAUCCCAUGCAAGUAAUGUGACUGGUCGAGUAUCGAAAUGAUAAGAACUCAUAUUCUGAUAUCUGUAUACAUAUUUUCCUGAAAUCACAAUAAUUAAUCUCCUAUUUUUUUCCAUUCUUCAAAAAUCGCAAUCAUAAAUGCACACAAUAAUUUCUGAAUUUACAAUACGCUAUGCCAUACUUGAGCAUUUUGCCAAAAUUAGGAUAAGAUUUGUAAUAACAAUCUUUUUGUGGUAGGGGUGAGAAACUGAGGAGACAUUCAUGACCCCACCCUUUUCCAUUAUUUGGAAUAUAAAAAAAAUCAUCCCCUCUGAUACAUAUUUUUUGCAAAAACAUGUCUAUAGCUAUCAUGAUUACAUUAUUUAAUGACAAGACAAAUAGCUUUGACAAAUAUCUGAUUCAUUUACAACAGUGGUUUGUGUAAAGUUACAUUUCAUAGUUAAUACCCAUUGAAGAAAUUGUUUUGGAGGUUAAUAACUAAUAAGUCUUUCUUAGGAUAUUUUAUACCCUAUGGUUUUUGCAGACCAAAAUUUUUAGUGCAAAAUGUAAGUGCUUUGUCAAUGAAUAGAUUUUUAUCUUCAUUAGAAUUUCUGUUUUGAAAUUGUGUUAAUGGUUUAAGUUUGGAGGCAGUAUAUUGAUAUGUUAAGAUAUUUUAUGAUCAGUGUUGUGCAUUUAAUGUAGUUUUAUAUCGUUCACAUCAAAAUCUACCUUUUCUUUCUAAAAUUUGAUGUCCUGAAAUGUAUAGAGCUUUCAUUUUUAUAUGGCAGUAUAUAAAACAUGUCUUGAAAUUCAAAUGUGUAUUGAUAUGUAUAUUUUUUUUUAAUUUAUCUUCUUUUUUUGUCAAAUUUUUAAUGUGAAAACUAAAAUUUGAAAUAAAUCUUAAAAA